AUGCAGAGGGCCUCGCGUCUGCGGAGAGAGCUGAGCCUGUUGGCCACCGAGCCCCCGCCCGGCAUCACCUGCUGGCAAGACACAGACGAGACCGGCCUGCGAGCGCAAAUAAUAGGUGGGGCCAACACGCCUUAUGAGAAAGGUGUAUUCACGCUGGCAGUGAUCGUUCCCGAGAGGUACCCGUUUGAACCUCCUCAGAUCCGAUUUCUGACUCCAAUUUACCACCCCAACAUCGAUUCUGCUGGAAGGAUCUGUCUAGAUAUUCUCAAGCUGCCGCCCAAGGGAGCCUGGAGACCGUCCCUCAGCAUCGCCACCGUGCUGGCUUCCGUCCAGCUGCUCAUGGCAGAGCCCAACCCCGACGACCCGCUCAUGGCUGACAUCUCCUCGGAGUUUAAAUACAACAAGCCCGUCUUCCUCGAGAACGCCCGGCAGUGGACAGAGAAGCACGCGCGGCAGAGACGGGAGGCUGACGAGGAAGAGACACCUGGACACCCGCCAGCGGCCGGCGACUCGGAAGCGCCCAGCACAGCACAGAAAAGGAAGGCCGGGCCGCUGGGAGGCGGGGCCAAGAAGUUCUGCCCUGACGUUUAG